AUGGUUCACAAUUGUUUCCCAAGGGGAUUGUCUUCGUUCUACGUCAGAGUCUAUCAGGUUGUUGAUGAUCCUUCAACGGAUUCAAUCAUCUCGUGGAGUAGCAACAACAGUUUCCUUAUCUGGAACGUGGGAAAGUUUCGCAGAAAGAUUAUGCCGACGUGUGUUGAAUUUGGUUUCAACUUCUCAAGUUUUGUAUCCAAGCUUCGUUCUCAUGGCUUUAAACGAGUUAAAGGGCCUGGACAGUUGGAAUUUGGAGACGAGUAUUUUGUCGUAGAUCAACCGCAGCUUUUGAAGUUGAUGAUGGUCGAAGCUUUGAGGACUAAACGUAAUGCAAAGAAAGCUAAAGCCAGAGCCAAGAAAGAUCGAGUGCAAGUCGAGGGUCUCUUGAAACACUUGCAAAUUUGA